GUAGAAGUGCCAAUUGUUUGUACUAGAGACCGGGUGACGAAUAUUCUCUACGUGAGAUUUGCCACCGAUGGCUGUAAUCUGUAUGAGAUGUGCGUGGACAGGGGAAAGCAUGAUUUCGUAACAUCUGUAAUGAAGGACCAGUGAGUAUUCCAUCCCAUAUGAAGCUAUGUUGUUGACGCACCUAAGGAGUAAAGAAGAACCAACAUGCCUGCCUCAGAUAUCAGCAUGGGCUUUGAUAUAUUCGAAAUUACACUUCAGCCUCAUGUACCGGUUUACUUCAGUGGUCAGCAAGUUCAGGGUUAUGUAACAGCUAAAACAUCAUCCCAAGUAUCAUGUCGAGAAAUCACACUGAGUUUAAAGGGUAAAGGAAAAGUUGAGUGGACAGAGCGUCGUAACAAACGAACAUACACAUAUUCAAAUCUUGAAAGAUAUACAAAUCUAACAUCUGUCCUCUGGAAUGGAUCAGAUUCAAAUGAGAAGCUUGAACCUGGGAAUCAUGUAUUUCCAUUCUCAUUUGUUCUCCAGUUUCAACUUCCAACAUCAUUCGAAACAACUUAUGGAAGCGUCAAGUACUAUCUGAAAGCGUCUGCUGAUAUACCAGGGGGUUUAGAUACAAUUAAAAAGCUACACUUCAUGGUUCACAAUAUAUAUGACCUUAACUUGGAUCAUCGAUCGGCUCGUUCAUUGCAUUUUGAUGGAGAAAGAACUUCUAGUUUCUGCUGUUGCUGCAAAGUAGGCCCAAUUAAUUUUGAUUUGUCAAUUCCUCGAAUGGGAUACGUUCCAGGAGAAGUGAUGUACAUCAGUGGGGCCAUUUAUAACAACUCCUUUAGUGAAGUGAAAUACACAGAGGCAAAGCUUAUUCAGGUGGUGAUUCUUCACGCCACAUCUAAAGAUAAGCUUAUGAAAGUAACAGUGCAAAGAGUCUACCGUCCUAGCAUUAAACAAGGUCAACGAGAUGUUUGGCACCAAGUUCCGUUGCACAUACCUGCUGUUACUCCAAGUCUCUUAGAAUACUGCAAUAUUAUAAAUGUUAGUUAUAAACUAAAGAUUCUGGCAAAGAUAGGAUGCUGUAAAAAUGCAUAUGUUGAUAGUGAAAUUAUUAUUGGUUCAGUGGCCUUGCAACCGUCACAGCCUGGGAGAAGAAUUGAAAUGCAACAGCUUGCACAAAAUGUAGGGCCCUUGCCAGUGCCAUCAGCUCCAAUGAUUCAGAAUGAAGUCAUACAUGAUGAUCCACCUUCUUAUCCAGAGACAGGUGAGAAUAAGGAAUGCUAUUUCUUCUUUCCAGCUCAAGUUUUAAGUGAGUAUUGAUUACAAAAUAAGUGUUAAGUCUUCAUUUUGUGUUUUUUAUAAAGUAAUUCACUCUCUUGUGAAAUACAGUAUAAAUGCUUUCAUAUGCAUUGCUGAAAACAAAAGUAAAUAAUAAUUCUACAUUAUAUGCAACUCUGAUUAAUUUUUCAUGUAUACUUCAUGUGAUGCAUGCAAAAUAUUUGUACUGUUUGAAAAUCAUAAAACACUGAAGAAUAAUUUCUUCUAAUGUUGUUCACUUGAGGAACUGUAUCCUCUUUUGAUGAUACAGACCAUUUUCAUCUAUUGGAUGUACCUUCAACAGAUGCUGGUAUUUAUUACUCAGUUCAAGUUGUGUAUUGUGGUUGUUUUCUAUUUCAGGGAACUAGAACAGUGGUUUGGUUGAUUUUCUCUUGCUUUCAGCAACUUGUUCCUUUACAUGAAGUA